GCAUAGCAAGCGGCAAGCGCUCUUUUGACCGGUCUCCCGACCCCGAAGACCACUUGCCCCCUCCAGGCCGAGGCCGCCGCCGCCAACUACUGACACAGUGACACGCACCAAUGACCAACCCGGCGGCCGGCCACGAACGAUAACACGCCGGCCCGCCUCGCCACGCUCCCACCCUCCUGCCUCCGCGCGCCACGACCAGCCGCCCCAGCAGCAGAUGUCGCCUCCGUCCGUCCUGCUCCUCCACUCCCGCAUCCCGCUUCAGCCCCGCCCCUUCAGGAUGAACUCCCGGGCAGCUCCGAGCAGGGUCGUCGUCUGCUCCGUCGCGUCUACCGAGGGGUUCAUCUCCGCAGCGCCGAUCCUCCUCCCCGAUGGCCCUUGGAAACAGGUGGAAGGCGGCGUCACUGCCGCGAAGGGGUUCAAGGCGGCGGGUAUCUACAGUGGGUUGCGUGCCAAAGGCGAGAAGCCUGACUUGGCACUGGUCGCCUGCGACGUCGACGCCACUGUAGCAGGAGCAUUUACAACAAACGUCGUAGCCGCCGCACCUGUUUUGUAUUGCAAGCAUGUCCUUAGUACAUCGAAAACAGGUCGUGCUGUGUUAAUUAAUGCUGGACAAGCAAAUGCUGCAACUGGUGAUCUUGGCUAUCAGGAUGCAGUGGAUAGUGCAGAUGCUGUUGCCAAGCUUCUCAAUGUAAGCACAGAUAACAUACUGAUUCAGUCUACUGGUGUCAUUGGUCAAAGGAUAAAGAAGGAGGCACUUUUAAAUUCACUACCUAGACUUGUGGGCUCACUGUCUUCUUCAGUUCAGGGUGCGAAUUCUGCUGCUGUGGCCAUUACAACUACAGACCUUGUUAGCAAGAGCAUUGCUGUCCAGACUGAGAUUGGAGGAGUGGCUAUUAGAAUAGGUGGGAUGGCUAAAGGUUCUGGAAUGAUUCACCCAAAUAUGGCAACAAUGCUUGGUGUUUUGACCACAGAUGCUCAAGUCAGCAGUGAUGUCUGGAGAGAAAUGAUCCGGAUGUCAGUGAGUAGAAGUUUCAACCAAAUUACAGUGGAUGGUGAUACUAGUACCAAUGACUGUGUUAUUGCUAUGGCAAGUGGGUUGUCUGGUUUAUCUGGAAUUCAAAGUCUUGAUAGCAUUGAGGCUCAACAGUUCCAAGCAUGCCUAGAUGCAGUAAUGCAAAGUCUUGCAAAAUCCAUAGCAUGGGAUGGUGAGGGUGCAACAUGCCUAAUUGAGGUUACUGUAAGUGGCGCCAACAACGAGGCAGAAGCUGCUAAAAUUGCUCGUUCAGUAGCAUCUUCUUCUUUGGUUAAAGCCGCUAUAUUUGGAAGAGACCCAAAUUGGGGACGAAUUGCUUGCUCAGUUGGUUAUUCAGGCAUUCAAUUUGACGCAAAUCGACUUGAUAUUUCUCUGGGAGUUAUUCCACUAAUGAAAAAUGGGCAACCACUCCCCUUUGACAGAUUGACCGCUAGCAAGUAUCUCAAAGAUGCUGGAGAUGCCCAUGGUACAGUAAACAUUGAUAUAUCAGUUGGGAGUGGAGGAGGAAAUGGAAAGGCAUGGGGCUGUGAUCUGAGCUACAAAUAUGUUGAAAUAAAUGCUGAAUAUACAACAUGAGAUUUAUAUUUGCCAUGAAGAAAAAAAAUCUUGAAAUGAUGAAUGGGUGCGACUACCGUCAGGAGAAUGUAGUUUCGUGUUGCAAUGGCAGCCUUGCGGAUGUAUUAUUUCACGUGAGAUCAAUCAGACCAAUAUUUCAUAAGUGUAAUAAUGUGAUGAAUAACGAUGGGCGCAAUAACAACACUGACGAUGCCACCUUGUUCGGUUCUGAAUUUCUGAUGAUGAGAAAGCAUUGGUCAGACAAAU